AUGAUAUUUCAAGAUUCUUUAUACAUUCAACCUGUAGAAAGUGUAAAUUGGUUGUUACACAUCCUAUAUACACAAUCUGCAUUUUCAAAAUGUAAAGAUAUCGUUAAAAAUUUUGAGCAGUUUUCUUUAAAUGAUGAUUAUCAUCUUUAUUGCCUUGGUCUUAUUCAUCGAUCAAAUGGUUGUAUUCAAGAAUCGUUGAAUUGUUUUACAAAGUGUUCAGAAAGUAAUAAUAAUUCAUCUGAUAUACUUAAACAGAUUGCAAGGUCAUUAUUUUUACAAGGUCAUCACAAUGAAGCAUUGAAUACUUAUAAAGAUGCUUACAAACUUAAUCAAAAUGAUUGGGAAAUACAAUUUGGACAAGGUUUAUGUUACUUUUAUCUGAAACAAUUUGAUCUGGCAGAAGAAUAUUUUAUCAAUUCUAGUAAACUUACAAGAAAUAUUAAACCCUUAAAAUGGUUAGCAGAUGUUCAUUUGAAAAAAGGUUCAAUAGAUUUAGCUAUUGAAACAUUGAAAAAAGCAACAUUAUCAGUUCCAGAAGAUCCAGACCUACAAACAAGCCUUGCUUCGCUAUAUCUUCGAAUUAAUCAAGAACAGUUGGCAUUUGAAUGUCUAAGUUCAGCUAUCCUGUUACAACCAAAUCAUUUUGAAGCUAAUCAACUUGCCAGUUCAAUUAUCACCUUACACGGUGAUUAUAAUGUUGCACUGAAUAAAUAUCGCUCUAUAAUAAGACAAGCUUCGGAAAAUUCAAUUCUAUGGAAUAAUAUUGGUGUGGCUCUAUUAGGCAAAAAGAAGUUAGUUGCGUCUAUCACAUGUUUUCAACGUGCUCUAUAUUUAACCCCAUUCGAUUGGAGAAUAUCAGCUAAUUUAGGCUUAAUAUACAUUCAAACAUCACAAUGGAUAAGUGGAUUCCGCCAUUUGAAUACAUCGAUACAGUUAUAUAAUUCAGUGAAACAAAAUUCAAUGUGUUCAAUGAAUCAAAAAGUUUCAUUUGAUAUUGGAAUGUUAUAUUGUUUUUUAGCCUAUUGUUUAAUUAUGCUAAAAGAAUAUUCAAAGGCGCAUGAAGCAUUUAUGUGCGCAUAUAAACAAAACAGUAAGAAUCCAUUGGUCCUUCUGAAUUAUGUAAUAUUUCUUACAACAGUGGACAAAAAUUUAGCCAAUCAAAUUUUUGAUGAAUAUGAAAAACUGACAUUAACAUCGAAAGUCUCCUUACCCUACUGGGUGAAUAAGAAUGAUAUGGAAAAGAAAGUUAUUCAAUUGAGAAAUUAUCUUGGAAGAAGUGAAUUGAAAUCUACUGAAAUAUCAUCGAGUACUGUUCAAACAUCUAUAUGA